AUGAUUCGGCAGUUUCUUCCGAAAGUUAAUUGGUAUCAGUUAGCCUUGAUGUACUUCAAAGACCGUUCUGCUGCAGAAUGUGAAGCUCGAUGGAAAAAGACUCUCCACCCUACAAGAACCAGGGUAGGGAAAUUCAGCUUAGAGGAAGAAAAACGUUUGAAACUAGCUAUGACACUCUUUGGAGCUCAAAACUGGCAUAAAAUUGCGCGCUUUGUUCCUGGACGGACAAAGACUCAGUGUCGAGAGAUAUGGGCAAAUUUUUUAGACCCCAAUGUAAAUCAUGGGAAGUGGACCAAGGAAGAAGAUGCAAAGUUGAGAGAAGCAAUGUCAGAACAUGAGUUUCUUGCACUACCUGAUAUAUCUCUUGAGCCAGAACCCGAAAUUGUUGCCGUGAAGAAGAAACGCAAAGCAAG